UGUACCAUUAAACCAUACUGUUUUUAUUUGUAUCAGGCCCAGCACAAGGAGGGGAAGCAGUUUGCAGCCUUGAAGAAAGUGGAGCUCAAAAAUGAAGAAGACCUGGAGGAUUUCACAGUGGAAAUUGACAUCCUCUCAGAGUGCAAACAUCCCAAUGUUGUUGGUUUAUAUGAGGCUUUCCUAUGGGCUGAACAUCUUAUGAUUUACAUAGAAUUUUGUGCUGGCGGCGCAGUUGACAGUAUAAUGUUAGAGCUAGAAAAAGGCCUGAACGAGACUCAGAUUAAAGCCAUAACACAUCAGAUGUGCCAGGGGCUGAAGUUCCUCCAUGAGAAUAAAGUAAUCCACAGGGACUUGAAGGCAGGGAAUGUGUUAUUAACACUGGAGGGCCAGGUUAAGCUGGCUGAUUUUGGUGUGUCAGCUAAGAACACCAAGACGAGGCAGAGAAGAGACUCUUUUAUUGGAACACCAUACUGGAUGGCCCCAGAAGUCAUCCUUUGUGAGACUUACAAGGAAAACCCAUAUGACCACAUGGCUGAUGUUUGGUCUCUAGGUUGCACUAUGAUUGAGUUUGCCGAGAUGGAGCCACCAAACCAUGAGAUGCAUCCAAUGAGAGUUCUUAUCAAGAUCCAGAAAAACGACCCUCCUACAUUACUUAACAGAAAGAAAUGGAGCAAUGAAUUCCAUGACUUUCUUUCCAAAUGCUUGGUGAAGAAUCCAGAACACAGAAUGAACAUGGAGCAACUGCUGCAGCAUGUUUUUAUCAAAGAUGCCACAGACAUCAAACCAAUACGUGACCUGGUGGCUGAGGCUAAGGCAGAGGUUAUUGAAGAGGUGCAGGACCUGGAUGAGGAGGAGGAGAUCAAGGGUGGAGAUGAGGACACUUUAUCUAUGGAUGACAUACUGGAGUUGGAAGAAACAGAGGCUGUGCCUAGAGACACUGAUUCAGACACUAACUCCAUCGGGGAUGUCUCAAAGAUAUCUGAAGACUUGGAUAGAGAAUUUGAGAAACUUGAUGAGGAAGAGAGGAGCUCUCAGUCCUCCAUCACUCCUAGAACGCCCUCUCCCUCCCCAAGGGAGGUGACACCUUCCCCUAGAGAAAGCCCUGAGGUGGAGGUGCCUAAAGAACCUAGUGGUGUAGAAAUAACAGAAAAAACUGAUCAGCCAGCAGGCGAAAUAACAAACUUUGAGAAUGUAAAAACCGACGAAACCACCAAAGACAAAAAUGAGGCUUUAGAAACUGUUGAAACCAAAAAUGACACCUCAGAACCUGUUGAAAUUAAAGACAAUGAUGAAGGAGUGGUAGAGGUAGAUAAAGAAAGUAAGGGAGAAGUUCAGAAAGAAGAAGAACAAAGAGAACAAGAUGAUAAGAGGUCUAUGGAUGAAGGUAUUGGUGCAAGCAGCAGUGAGAAGUCAGUUGUGUCAGUUGAUACUACACAGGUAAAUUGGAGGACAACUAGCCAAGGAAGGAGCUUCUUAUCUAACAGUUUCUUAUCAGUUAACAAGAAAUAUCUAUUGACAUAUGAUGAGGUUAUCAAGUCAGACACCACACAGCCCUCGAUACCAGCCGUGGUCUUGGACACUGUUAAUGACAUAGUCAGUGACACAGUUCUGCCCCCUCCAGUUGAAGAGGCAGGUGGCAAGGUCAUGGUCACUGACCUUGAUGAAGAGGAAGAUGACUCUAGGUCAAAAGUCAGAGAGACUAGAGAAAAUGAAAAACAUGAUUCACAAGGGCCACAGAGUCUACGAGAGGCAAUGAAAGCCAAUAAGAACAGUCGGCCUGAUGUCACUGUAAAUAACCAGGCUGUUCCACCGGACACUUCUGUACUGAUCAAUGGUUCUGUCGGUAGGGAUUCCCCACGAAGGGAAAAAGCUCCCACCCCACCCAGAGACACUGGUAGAGAAGGAGAGGUAAACAGGGCUCCUGAUGGAAGGAUUGAAGGAGUCAGAUAUAGGAAGAAUGAAAAGAGGGAAUCUAGGUCAGAUGAAGGCAGAGGAACAACAAAAUCCAGAGACGGUCAGAAACAAGCAGAUUAUCGCACCAUCAACAAGACCCGUAAAUAUAUGAUAGAUGGUGUUGUUGUCACAUCCAAGACAACCCGGGUAGUGGCUGCUGGAGAAGAAAACAAGAGUAAAGAGGAACACCAAAUGAGGAAGCAAGACUUGAGAGAGCUGAAGCUGCUACAGAAGGUUGAAAACAAACAGUACCAGGAACUGGUCUACAAGGCACAGUAUGCCAGGGAACAGCAAGAAAAGAAGUUUGAACAAGAAAUGCAGAACUUGUUAAAGAACUUUGAGGUGGAUAUUGAGAACCUGAACAAGCAGCAGAAGUUUGCAGUGGAAAAGGCAGAGAAAGCCCAAGAACAAGACCUAAAUAUAGCAGCAAAGAAACUCAGGCUGGACCAGGAGAGAGAACUGAAGCUGUUCAGAGAAGAUUUAAAGAAUGAGCUGAAACUGCUGAAACAUCAGGUAGACAUGAUGCCCAAAGAUGUCAGGAAGGAAGCAUACAAGAAAAAGAAGGAAGAGAAGGAAAUUGAACAGGCUGAAAAGGAGAGAAAUUUUCUUGAGAAGCAGCAGGAGAACUUGGAACGCUCAAUGAAGAGACUUGCUGAUCAGCACAAGGAGAAAAUUGCACUACUAGAGAAACAAUUCUUACAGCAGAAACAACAGCUAUUAAGAGCUAGAGAAGCAGCUAUCUGGGAACUUGAAGAGAGACAACUCCAUGAGAAACACCAACUUGCAAAACGUCAACUCAAAGAUUUGUUCUUCCUUAAGAGACACCAGAUGUUGACUAGACAUGAAAGGGAAUUGGAGCAAGUGAAGAGAAUUAACACACACAAGGAGGACGAGAUGAUAAGGAGACACAUACUAGAAAAGAAAAGAUUACCCAAAAUACAGAAGAAUGAACUGAAAACCAGGGAACAGUUAUUCAAACAGAGCAUGAGGAUAAGCACAGUCCUGAGUCCUGAUGAGGAGAAGAACAAAUUCAGAGAGUUCCAAGAAAAUGAGAAAAAGCGUGUAAAAUCUGAACAGAGAAGGCAAGAAUUAAAACAUAAGAAGCAGUGGGAGGAAUUAAAAAUGAAGAAUGAUGCAGCUUCUAGAGAACUUGAACAAUUACAGACUCUUAGCUGA